AUGGGCACCACCGGUAGAGAUAUAUGCGAUUAUGGAGUCGAUCCCACAUCGAUGAAGAGGAUUGGGAUGAUUUAUUUUUCCCGAAGAGUAAUACAGAAAAAGAGGAAGAAAGAUAGGUAUUUCCAAGCGACGAAGGCGAUGAAGAACAUACAUAAGCAGUUUUGUGAAAGAAAAUCAUCGUCGUCGUUUUUCUUCUUUCUUCUUCGAACUCGGAGAACGCAACGUAAAACCCUAACCACUAAUUGCUUCUCUGCAUUCUCGCUCUCGCACUGCUUACAGUUUUCUUUCCCCGCUACGCCCCACACUCUCGGCUCUCGACGAUCAGAGCCUUUCAGAGUUGGGGUCAUGAAGAAGUGUCAGAUACGGUGA